GCCAGUUUAUAAAUAUUUGUUGAUGGUUGUGGAACUUGGCGGACUUCGCUCAGUUAUCCCUUUUUUGGUUACUUUUUCUUUGACCUUGUUGUAAAUUCAGUUGUAGGUUUUAAUCAGGAUAGUGAAAACCAUAAAAAUGACCGUUGGAAAUGGCCAUAAUGAACUGGAAGAUCGAUUUGCACAUCUCUUGCAACCGAUCCGAGACUUGGCUAAAUCUUGGGAUGUUGAUAUUGCCAGCUAUCUUACAGAUUACUUGGAAGAGUUGGAACGAGUUACCAUUACUUUUGAUGAGGGGAAAACCACCAUGAAUUUUGCAGAAGCAGCUUUAUUAAUUCAAGGAUCAGCUUGUGUUUAUAGUAAAAAGGUUGAAAAUUUAUACAGUUUAGUUUUCCAAGUUAUGGAUGUUAUUUCAAAUAAGAAAAACAAGCAGAAGAAUUCAGCAUCUGGUAAUAAUGAUAAUGAUGGUGGUGAUGAUGAUGAUGAAGAUGAAGAGUUUUUAUCGUUGGAUAAUAUACCUAUUGGUAAGAAUAUCACAAUGAGAGAGGGUGAUAAGUCUGUACUACCAGUAAAACUAACACCAUUAGCAAUUAUUCCAUUAGGAAAUACAGAAAGAGGACAAAAUCCUUUAUUAAGUAAAACAGGAGAGAUUUUGGGUAGUAGAGAUGAUUUUAAAAUGAAUACAUGUUAUAUACAUAAAAGUGGCGCCAUGUUGUUAGACAUGUCAUAUAUGGCUCUUCUACAGAUGUCAUUACAAUUCCCACAUUUACAUAAUACUGUUGAACCAAUGGUGCCUAUAGCUGAGGUUCCUGAAACAGACACGACCUCAAGUGCUACUUUAACAGAACAAAUGGAAGAGUUACCUACCCCACCAGCAGCCGAUGUAUCUAUGAAUGAAGAAGCUCCUCCAUUAUUUGAAAAUGAUGAAGGUAUAGAUGAGAAUAUACCACAAGUACCAGAACCAGAAAUAAGGGAGAGAUUAAGAGUCAGAAAACCUAUAAUAGAAAAAGUUGUCACAAGAAAACCGUUAUCAGAUAUAUUUAUAGAACUUGAUCCUUAUAGUUUGUCAGAUAAACCAGAUAAAAAUAUCGGCAAAGGAAAGGUUUUAAAAACACCCGCAGAAUUGAAAGAUGAUGAUGAUACAAACAGAAAGAGAAAGCGUAAACCAGUUCCAGAAAAACCAAAAGUACCGUUAUCUGUUUUUAUUCAAAAAUCAUGUUUCUCUCAUCAUGAAAAAUAUACAAAAACAGUUUUUAACACCCCAACUUUUGAAGCUUUAGAAAAUCAGUUUUGGAAAGAAUUUGUACGAAGAAAACAGAUUUGGACUAAAGAAAAGAAACUUAUUAAAUCAGUAAACUCCAAACAGUUAGAAGAAUUUGAAGAUAGGGAAAUUGAAAUCCCAGAUGCUGAUGAGUUUGGAGGGGGAGAAGAUGAUGUUGAUGAUGAUGUUGUUGAUAAUGGGUUAGAAGCAGCACCAGCGUUUGAUAUAUCUGUUGGUCAUGAGCGUGACAUGAUUCAUAAUUUUACUUUUAAUAGAGAUGAACUUACAAGUUAUGAAGAAUUAGCAAGACAACAUAUAGAAAGGUUUAUGGCCUGUGGUAAUUAUUUUCAUACAACAGAAAUUGCUCAGAAAGUGGCUGAAUGGGAAGAAAAGAUAUUACCUAGGCUAGAAGCAGAGGAACAUCGUCCAGCCUUUGAUAUUCAUCAAUAUGGUAGCCAGAUAUUGGACGAAUUAACUGUUAAAACAAGAGUUAAAUUUGCUCACAUUGCUGCUGGAAAACCUGAUCAUGAAAUCUGUCGUUUAUUCUCAUCACUUUUACAAUUGGUCAAUGCAGGAAAUAUCCAGAUACAUAAACAUGAGAAUUUCCUGAAAGCAAUGGAUGAAUUUGAACUGGAAUUAUUGAGUAUGGUACGACAUCAUGAAGAGUUAGCUAACAAACAAUACGAUGCACCCUCACAGUCAAAUUCUGGUGAAGCUAUUUCUGUUUGAUGAUCAACUGAUGUUUUAUUUCUACAACUAUGUUUUUAUUGACAAAAAUAUAUGAACAUUUUUCUUUAUUGGAAAUUGUCCUAACUAGCUGGUGACUUAAUUGUACAUGUAUUCAAUUCAUGUCACGUAACUUGCUGUCUUAAAGGGCAACCAAAUAGAUAGUCUAUGAAUAUAAUAAAAACUCUAUAUCCUUGAAGGAAUAUAUCCAAACAACUGCUGGGAAAGUGUAUCAUAUUUAUAUUUAUCAAGAUAUUUCAAGGGAAGAUAUUUUCACCUUCGAAAAAUUCACCACCAUUAUUUAGUUCACUUGGAAGAUGAUCAAUCAAAGAGUAUCAGGGUUACCGUGCAAUGUACAAGUAAUAAGAGUGCCAAGAUAUCAAGUUUCAUUUAUUUUGGGUAAUUAAGUGAUUUGAAUCUGCAUGUAUAUGAUUUUGUCCUGGCCAUUAGAAAUAUUUAAAUGAAAAAAUAAGUUCUGCAGUUUGAACAUAUAACCUAAUUAUGUUUUUUCAAGGCAAUAUUUAUAUUAGAAGACUGUCAUUAGAAUUGAAGCACAAAAUAUUUACAUGUAUAUAGGAAUGGCCAGACUUAAUUCAGAACUUAAAACACAUGAAAUUAACUGUUUGAGGUGUACCUAAAUUACCAUUGUUAUUUAUUGAAUUAAGUUGUGAUAAAAUUUGUAAACCUUUUGGGGGAGAUGGAUGGCCGUAUGGUUGGCACGCGCUGUAUCAUACAGUCUGUCAUUGAGUCGACUGGCGGGGUUUCAAUUCCCCGGUUGUACGUGACAAGGGGUAGGGUCGCCUGUCCAACCUCGUGGGUUUUCUCUGGGUCCCCCGGUUUCCGCCUACUGCUAAAGACCCCUACACGCAAGUGAAUUAAUGAAAUAAAAUUGAACCAUGUGUUCGUCCCGAAAUGACCUAGUUUGUGUUGAGUGGACGUUAAACCCCAUUUCUCUCGCUCUCUGUAAACCUUUUGGAUAUGAUCAUUUAUUAAAAGGUAGAUUUUUACGUGAAGUUAUGGUUAAUUCUUUUAAUAACUGGAUUUUUAAAUAUGUAAAUAAAAUUGAAAUAUUUGAUAUACUUGCCGUUUAAUAGAAAUUGUAAAUACUGUAUAUAAAAAAAGUAAUUAUAUA